AUGUUAAAGGAUUCACUAGUUCAAAUUGCAAUAAAUGCACGAGAAGCCUCCAAUAAACUUCAAUAUCUAACAGCAGAAGAUAGGAGCUUCGCUCUUAAUAGAAUAAAAGCUGUUCUUGAAAACAAAAAGCGCGACAUUUUUAAAGCGAACGAACAAGACAAGCAGAAUGCAGAUAAACUUGUAAAGGCUGGUACACUUUCCGCGUCCUUAUUCAAGCGAUUGGACUUGGAAAGUGGUGACAAAUUUGCUACCAUGCUUCAAGGAAUUUCUGAUAUUGAUCGUUUACCUGAUCCCAUUGGACAAAUAACAUAUUCAAGUAAACUUGAUGAAGGAUUAGAAUUAUUUAGGGUCACCUGCCCUGUUGGUGUCUUAUUGGUAAUUUUUGAGGCAAGACCUGAAGUUGUUGUAAAUAUAACUGCAUUAGCUCUAAAAUCAGGCAAUGCGGCGAUUUUAAAGGGUGGAAAAGAAUCUAUCCUUACAUUAACUGCCCUAUCUUCUGCUAUUCAAUCUGCUCUAAAUGAUACCGUAAUCCCGCCAAAUGCCAUUCAACUUGUCGAAACGCGAGAAGAAAUUGAUGCUUUGCUAGAUCUGGAUAAAUAUAUUGAUUUGGUUAAUUAUCCUGCUGCAUGCAAUGCUGCUGAAACCCUUCUUAUUCACCGUUCGAUCCUCUCUUCGCAUCUUUUGCCACUUGUUACCGCUUUACAAAAUAACAAUGUUUUAUUGCACCUUGAUCAAGAAUCAUUGUCUCAACUCCCACCAUCUUAUGAUACUUCUCGAAUUCAAUCAUGCAUUCCUGAAGAUUUUGACACUGAAUUUCUGGAUCUUGAAAUGGCUGUAAAAGUGGUUAGUGAUGUUGAAGAAGCAAUACAACAUAUAAAUUCUCAUGGCAGUAAACACACAGACGCUAUUGUAACAGAAAAUGAGCAAAUUGCCAAAAGGUUUAUGCAAGGUGUUGAUGCAGCAGGUGUAUAUUGGAACGCGAGCACUAGAUUUGCUGAUGGGUUUCGGUAUGGUUUUGGUGCCGAAGUUGGGGUAAGCACAAACAAAACUCAUGCGCGUGGUCCUGUUGGUCUUGAAGGACUAUUAAUCUACAAAUACAAGCUUUGUGGAAACGGACACGUAGUGAGUGAAUUUGAGUAA